CCAGGUGGGGGAGCAGCCGGGUGGGAGCAGCCGGGCGCGCGGGCGGCAUGCGGCGGCUGCUGGCGUCCGGCUGCGUGCGGGGCCUGCGGGCCGGCGGGGGCGCGCGUCCUGCCUCUGGGCUUUGCAACGCCGGCCGCCAGGCCUCCGACACCCCUCGGAAUCAGCCCCCCAGCUCCGAGUUCGUGGCGCGGCCGGUGGGCGUCUGCUCCAUGAUGCGGCUGCCGGUGCAGGCCUCCCCCGAGGGGCUGGAUGCCGCCUUCGUCGGGGUGCCCCUGGACAUUGGGACCUCCAACCGGCCCGGGGCGAGAUUUGGACCCCGACGGAUUCGGGAAGAGUCAGUGAUGCUUCGGACCGCCAACCCGAGCACGGGCGCUCUCCCCUUCCAGUCCCUCAUGGUUGCAGAUCUAGGCGAUGUCAGUGUCAAUCUUUACAACCUUCAGGACAGCUGCCGCCUAAUUCGAGAGGCCUAUCAGAAAAUUGUAGCAGCUGGGUGUAUUCCGCUGACCUUGGGUGGAGAUCACACAAUCACAUAUCCUAUACUGCAAGCGAUGGCGACAAAGCAUGGCCCUGUGGGGCUGCUGCACGUGGAUGCUCACAUGGACACGGCGGACAAGGCCUUAGGGGAGAAGCUGUACCACGGGACCCCCUUCCGCCGGUGCGUGGACGAGGGACUCUUGGACUGUACGCGCGUUGUGCAGAUUGGCAUCCGGGGCUCUUCCAUGACCCUGGAUCCCUACAGAUACAGCUGGAGCCAGGGCUUCCGGGUGGUCCUGGCUGAAGACUGCUGGAUGAAGUCGCUGGUUCCUCUGAUGGGGGAAGUGAGGCAGCAGAUGGGAGGCAAGCCCAUUUACAUCAGCUUUGAUAUUGAUGGCUUGGAUCCUGCCUAUGCUCCAGGGACAGGGACACCUGAAAUUGCAGGUCUCACUCCAAGUCAGGCGCUGGAGAUCAUCCGGGGUUGUCAAGGUCUGAAUGUGGUGGGAUGUGAUCUCGUGGAAGUUUCGCCGCAGUACGAUCCUUCUGGAAACACGGCCCUCCUGGCGGCUAACCUGCUGUUUGAGAUGCUGUGUGCCCUCCCCAGAGCGAAAGUCAUCUGAACCUUGUGCUCUUCAAGGUAAAACCUCAUAUGGUGUCGAUGACAAAUUCUCAGGAAGAAUUUAUGGGCAAGCAGUCGGAGGACGCAAGAGUUUAUGCCAAUGAAGCUUUCUGCUCAAAAUGUCAUUGGUAGCUGUAGGAUCUGGGCAUUCAGUAGAACUCUAAUCCAAACAGCUAAUGUUUCUAAGGAGUUUGGAUUAAUUAAAAAAACAAACAAACCACUUGUGAUUUUCUUUUCCCUUUGAUGAAAGAUGGUAGAGGAUAAAGGAGAAAGAGAGAAUUUAGUUCAAGAUUACCUAAAAAUUGGAGGGAUAAAAUAAAAAAACCCUAAGAAAUAAUACUGUGUAAGCAAUUCCAUAGUUCUAGUCUUUUCCUUUAAACUAUAGCUUCUCCUCUGGAGAGAUUAGGCUGCACCUUGGUUUUAGGACCAUCAUGAAAUGUAAACCUGUUUGAAGGAUUAAUGUAAAUCCCGGUAAAAGAAACCUCCCACUGAAGAGCCCAGCAGAGCCCCAGAAAUGUCUCCACCUGAUCCCCUGGCCUCCAGAGAGCCCUUCACGGCACUGCCUUCACCAGCUCCCUGCAAGGCUGUUUUGCAUUACCUGCUCUUCAAGCUGACACGCCCACAAUGACAGCAAUUCCCGGAAUCUGUGGCUCAGAAGUGCAGAUUGCAAGCAUGUGUUCAGUUACAAGCAAAUUCAAUUUUGUUGAUAAUGUGCCCAUCAUCAAACCGUAUCUCGCAAUGCAAGAUCUACUCAUAGUCAUCACACAUUAAAAUAGUUUAUUUGUUUCCA